AUGCGAUUUCUCUGUUUACACGGCUCAGGCACCAGCGGGGAAAUCUUUGAGAUCCAAUCUGGUGGACUGAGCCAGGCCUUAGCAGAGAAAGGCCAUGAAUUCAUAUACAUCGAUGGAAACAGCUCGCAGGCAUCUGCGACGGACCCUUUUUACAACCAUUAUCCGCGCGACGUCGCACCCGGCGAUGACCUAGGCCGGGCCAGAGACCACAUCAUGCAAAUCAUUAAAAAGCAGGGACCCUUUGAUGGUGUUAUGGGCUUCUCACAGGGGGCGGCUCUUGCAUUUUCCCUUCUCGCUCAUCACGCCAAGAGUCAUCAGACUCCUCUUUUCAAGGCAGCAGUGUUUAUUUGCGCUGCCUCGCCGUUCGAGAGCACCGGGAAGGAGAUCAUUAGUAUGCCUCCCGGGGAGUAUGUGCUUAGUAUUCCCACGACACACAUUGUUGGGAAGCAAGAUGUUCUCUACCCGGCCAGUAUGCACCUGUAUAGCCUGUGUGACCCGUCAAAGGCUGAAUUCUAUGACCACGGAUCAAGGCACUUGAUUCCGUUUGAUAUCAACAACACCAAUGCUAUGAUUGCUGCGAUUGAAAAAUCUAUUGAGCGGGCUACGAAGGGCGAGUAG